GUCAUUGGUCUGAACAUGAGAAGAAUAUCAUGCAUGGCAUUUGCUAUAAGAUGUAUUCAUGCAUGAUCUAGGUACUGGGCAUGACCAUGACUCCAGGCGACCCAUAACGGUUACUUGCUUUGACAGCCUGAUGCAUUUCACUUCACUUCUUUCCAAUUUGAACAAUUCCAUCACUCUCAGUCGCGCCUUCUGUUAAUCAUAAAAAACCCAUCGCACCUGCCGCCUGAGCACUCUUUCUCACUCUUUGUCACAACUCCAACUCGAUCUGCCACAUCACGAAGCAAGAACUUCGACUCGACUCACCUUUUCUUUGAACAACACAACAUCUCACCAGUCGUUAGCAUCAACAUCUUAUUGUGACAGAUACCACAUCAACGUCAUCUUCAUAUCAUCAUCGUCAUCAUGUUUCAUCGUCUGUCCCACACUCUUCCUCCAGAUCCCCAAUUUCCACCCGACUUGGAGAAGUUAGGCUUCUUUGUUAAUGACAAGGACCAAAUUCGCUCCAUCAAAAACCCCAAUUCAAAAUACAAACACAAAAUCAAUGUCAAUGAGCGUGUGAACCAAGUUUAUAAAAAUGCUAACAAUUCUGCAAUCAGGAAUAUCGUCACGAAUCGACUGCAUCUUCUCCAUCUCGAGACCCUCAGGUUGCCUCUCGGUGCCUCCGCGACAGACAAGCAUGUCCCAAUCCUCGUCUCGGAAGAUCUUGCAAACAAGGACCGUGUCAUUGUCUACUUUGGCGAGAGAGCCUAUGAACCAGGCUUGCUUGCUUGGCGCGUCAUCGGCGAGACUGGCAUCAAGUAUGGUUCUAUGGUCGAAUUCAUCGAAAACCUCACUACAGCCCCAAAUCGAGAUGAUCAACAACAACGAGCGACUCCAGGCAUCAUCAUCGCCAACCCAUGUCAAUUGCUCUGGUAUCGAGGUGGCGGCCGAGCGGUUAGUGAUACCGAAUGGCAAGAGUUGCCCCGGCCGAGCGGGGUGCACGAGGCCAUGAGAGUAGACAGGACUAAGAACGUCAUCGAGGGGAACGAGGAUUACAUCCAACACGUUGAAUAUCUUUUCAAACACGUUCUACCCUCGCGGCUCAAGAGCGGCGCAAAGUUGGACAUUAUUGGCUGCGAGUGCACUGGUGCGGCGGCUGUGGAAUAUCUCUCGAAAAAUUGGAGAGAAUGGUCAGGUCGCGUCAACGGCAUCAGCUUCCUCAACCCUGCACAUGACGUUCGAGACUUGAUUGAACAAGGAGCUUCUCCUGACUUUGUCGAGUUCAUCUCCAAACGCUGCCGAGCAUAUAUCAUCUCGGAUUCGAAGCUCGAGGCCCCGGUACCCGGGAGAGAAGUGUACGGUUGCAACUGCUAUUCGAGUGGGGAGGAUUCUUAUCCGGAGAAUGUCAUGGUUAAAUGCUGGGGGAGCGUGCUUGAUUGGUUCGAUGUCCUCAACAACAAUCCGGACUACGAGGAGAUCGAAUUCAUCUAUGUCGAACCUGAGAAGGACCAGAUUGAACUUGGUUGGCCGGUAGGAGAUUCAGAGGAUGCACCGACCAACCGUGACCAGAGCACCUAGGAAGCUCUGACGGCCGCCUCCAUUCAAGACGAAGAAGACUUUGUCUUCAUAUCCGAAAGCCGCUCAGAGUCUGCAUGGUCUUCAAUUGCCUCAGAUGAAGCAAAUGCCCCCGAGGAUUGGGGAUCUGCAUUGAAUAGCAGGCAGAGCCCAGGAGGCCAGCACUCACUCCAUCCAUUGAAUCCACAGAAUUCCAACACACCCCCCAUGCGAGGUCUCAGAAGAGACGGUAGACCAUCGCACCGCCGUUUCAACUUGAUGGGAGAUUUGGAUUGUGCAUCUAAUUCCGAUGGAACUCGACCAGGCUACCGGCUGUUUAAGCAUGACUUCUGGACAAAUUCUGAAUCCUGUCUAAAGGGAUCAGACAGGAAUUUGGCGGUUCAUAGCUCCAGUCCACGGCUUUUAAGCAGACACAGGAAUAACGAAGCACUCCAAAGACCUUGAAGCAGAGAGGUCCAUGGCUUGUCGAAGUGGCAACGUUAGAAACUUCAGAUUAAACGGUGCAUAGGCACAGAUACAAUCAGGCGAAAAUACAUAAAACCUUCCCG